AUGGCAAUAAAAUGUUUUCAUUUUUCAAUGAAGCAGUUACUUUUGCUUCUUGCAGUGGCAACGUGUUCUUAUUUGAUCAUUGGUAAAUCAAUCAUUCCAGCAAG